AUGAUUCCACAGGAUGUAACAGAAGUUCGACCGGAUUACACUGAAAUGAAAAGUCGGAAUAGUAGUCCUAGUCAUCCAGUAACUGAAAGCUGUCGCAUUAUUCAAGUAAAUAAACCCCAGUUGGUCAACUACUGUAAGAAUAAUAUAAGCACUGCAAAAUAUAAUUUCCUCACUUUUAUUCCGAAAUUCGUGACGGAGCAGUUCCGAAGAUAUGCAAACAUAUUUUUCUUAGUUAUCGCUCUUCUCCAGCAAAUUCCUGGUGUUUCACCUACUGGAAGAUUCACAACCCUUGUACCUCUCUGCAUCAUACUUACUGUCUCAGCUAUUAAAGAAGUGAUAGAGGAUUUUAGACGACAUCGUGCUGAUGACGCUACAAAUAACGAGGAGACUUUGGUAUUGCGUAAUCACGUUUGGGUUAAAAUAUGUUGGAAAGAUUUGGAGGUAGGGGAUUUAGUCAAAGUUCUCAGUAAUGAGGGGAUUCCUGCCGAUCUUGUCCUUCUGGCGUCUAGUGAACCUCAGGCUAUGUGCUAUAUUGAAACUAGUAAUCUAGAUGGAGAAACAAACUUGAAAUUACGCCAAGGUCUACCAGUUACAACUCAUCUUUUAACUGCUGGAGAAUUAAGCUCUUUUGACGCAGUUGUUGAAUGUGAACCACCUAAUAGAAAGUUGGAUGAAUUUGUUGGUGUUAUUCGUACUGCAGAUGGAAUAGCACAUCCUUUAAAUCCAACACAACUAAUUUUACGAGGCGCAUCAUUAAAGAAUACAAAAUGGAUUUUUGGUUUAACUGUGUAUACCGGUAAAGAAUCUAAAGUGAUGUUGAAUUCAACAGCAGCUCCUUUAAAACGAUCGACAGUUGAACGUCAAACUAAUAACUAUAUCUUAUGUCUGUUCGGUGUACUGCUCUUCUUGACUUUGUUCACGUUUAUUGCAAAUCUAGUUUGGACAUCAUGGAAUGAGAAAAAAAUGUGGUAUUUACAAGAAAAUGAUGAAACAACUCUACGUUAUGCAAUUAAUAUGCUAAUAACAUCAUUUAUCAUGUACCAUACAAUGGUACCGAUCAGUUUACAAGUUUGUCUUGAAGUUGUGCGCUUAGUUCAAGCAUUAUUAUUAAGUUGUGAUUUGGAUAUGUAUGAUUCGGAUUCGGAUACACCAGCUAUGGCACGUACUUCUAAUUUAAAUGAAGAAUUAGGUCAAGUUCGUUAUAUAUUCUCUGAUAAGACUGGAACGUUAACUCGUAAUGUAAUGGAGUUUAAAAGAUGCUCAAUUGGUGGUAUUAUGUAUGGUAAUGGUACUGAAGAUUCCAAUGCUUUAGAAGAUCAAAAUCUAAUUAAUAAAUUAAAUGCUGGAGAUUUAUUAGUUGAUCAAUUCUUCACAAUAUUAGCUGUUUGUCAUACUGUUGUGCCAGAACGUAGUGUCAAUGAAAAUAAUACCAAUAAUAAUAAUGACAAUAUUAAUAAUAAUGUUGCUGUUUUUUGUAAUGACAACCUCAAUAAUGAACAAUUGAUUAAUUAUCAAGCUUCGUCUCCAGAUGAAGCAGCUCUUGUGAAAGCUGCACGUACAAUGGGUUAUGUGUUCACUACUCGAACACCGACAGAAGUUGUUGUUAAAAUUCGCGGUGUUGAGAAACAUUAUGGAAUAUUGCACGUACUUGAUUUUACCAGUUUUCGUAAGCGUAUGGGUGUUGUAGUUCGUGAACCUAAUGGACGUAUUUCUGUAAUGGUCAAAGGAGCGGAUACUGUUAUAUUUGAACGGUUGGCCAGCACUAGUCUAUUCGCUCAGUCAACUAUGGAUCAUCUGGAAAAUUUCGCUAAAACUGGUCUACGAACGUUAUGCAUCGCAUGGACUGAAGUUGAUCCAGCAUUUUAUAAUAAAUGGGUAGUAGAUUUUUACAAAGCUAGCACAGCAUUAAACGAUCGUGAAGCUAAGCUAGAAUUGGUUGCUAAUGAAAUUGAACAAAAUCUUCAACUUCUUGGAGCAACUGCCAUUGAAGAUAAAUUACAAACAGGCGUACCACAUACUAUAUCUAAUUUAAUGAGAGCUGGUAUUUCUAUUUGGGUUCUGACUGGAGAUAAACAAGAAACAGCUAUCAAUAUUGGUUAUUCGUGUCAGUUAUUAACGCAAUCUAUAAGCUUACUAACUAUGAAUACUAAGUCGUUGGAUCAAACGCGUGAACAAUUAGUGAAUUUAAUUGAAGAUUUUGGCGAUCGAUUACGAAUGGAGAAUGAUUUUGCAUUAAUCGUUGAUGGUCAAACACUGGAGUUUGCAUUAUUAUGUGAAUGCAGAGAACAGUUUUUGGACGUUGCUUUAUCCUGUAAAUCGGUUAUAUGUUGCAGAGUUAGUCCAUGGCAAAAAGCACAGUUGGUAAAAUUAGUUCGUCAGUCAAUCAAAGAUGCAGUCACUCUGGCUAUAGGCGAUGGAGCGAAUGAUGUAGGAAUGAUACAAGCAGCUCAUGUUGGUGUUGGGAUAAGCGGCAUGGAAGGCAGACAAGCAGCAUGUGCAUCGGACUAUGCAAUAGCCCAAUUCCGUUUCUUAAAUAAAUUACUUUUGGUACAUGGUGCAUGGAACUAUAAUCGAUUGACUAAAUUAAUACUUUAUUCGUUCUAUAAAAAUGUUUGUCUUUAUUUAAUACAAUUUUGGUUUGCCAUAUUAAGUGGAUUUUCUGGUCAAAUUGUGUUUGAACGAUGGAGUAUUGGUUUAUAUAAUGUGAUAUUCACUGCAGCUCCACCAAUGGCGUUAGGACUAUUUGAUCGAAGUUGUAGUGUUAAUAAUUGUUUAAAAUAUCCAGAAUUGUACAAAGAUACUCAAGCAUCAGCUUCGUUUAAUCCGAAAGUUUUCUUCUGUUGGAUUUUCAAUUCAAUUUAUCAUUCGUCUCUUCUAUUUUGGAUUCCAUUAUUGGCUUUUUCUGUAGGUACUGUCUAUGCAAAUGGUCAAACUUCAAGUUUGUUAGUCUUGGGCAAUAGUGUUUAUACAUAUGUAGUUGUGACGGUUUGUUUAAAAGCUGGUCUAGAGCAUACCGCAUGGACAUGGUUAUCACAUUUAGCAAUAUGGGGUAGUAUCGGUUGUUGGUUUUUAUUUCUUACUAUCUAUCCUCAUGUCUAUCCAACUUUACCAUUGGCAUCAGAUAUGGUUGGCAUGGAUUCUGCCGUUUAUGGAUGCGGUAUUUUCUGGUUCGGUUUUUUACUGAUACCUAUGAUUGCACUGACACGCGAUAUUGCUUGGAAAAUGGCUAAACGUGUUACAGCUGGUUCAUUACGUGAACAAGUUAUGCAAAUGGAACAAAUGCAAGUUGAUCCAGGUCGUUUGAUUCGUGCCAGUAUUCGUCCAAAAUCUACUGAUCGUUCUGCGUUUGUGCGGAUUAUGCGUAGAAGUAUGGGUUCACAGGCAUUGCUUAAUCUUUGUCUUGGUGCUAGUGUACGUACAAAUACAACAUCACCGACACCCAUAACAGAUUCUCGGCAAACAGAUCAUGGUUAUGCAUUUUCUCAAGAAGAACAUGGUGCAGUCAGUCAAUCUCAAUUGAUUCGUGCUUAUGAUUCAACUCGACGAAAACCUGAUGGCAGAUAA